AUGGUUGCGCUGAAGACGUCACUAGCGCUGCUCUUCAUCACUGCAGUUAGCGCUAUUCCGACUAGUGCUCAAUGGCCCAAAUACAAUGCCACUGGCCAGCUCAAGGGCUUGGCCUUUGACAGGAGAGCACCCGGACAUCAUGGACUUGAAGAGCAACAAAGCAGACGGAUCUGCAUUCUGCUCAACCCAUCUCCAAAGCGCCGCAUCACCAACAAGCCCGCUGCUGCAAUGACACAGACUUUCACCGCCAAGGAACCCAAGACUGUCCCUCAUAUGGUAACCAAGUAUACAACAAGCUAUAUCACAAAGAAGCAAGUCACUACAUUCAACUACCUAGUAACCAGAACGGCAACAGACUUGAAGACUUUGGCAAUGACGAAUCGCAACACCAAAUCGGUAACACAGCGCAAGAGUGCCACGAUGACCAAGCCAGUUAAAGUCACGGUGACGAACUACAAAACUGUUGUGUCACUAACUAACUACAACACGGUCGGCGUGACGAACCGUAACACUAUUCACACGACGAAUUACAACACGGCAUCUGCGACCGCUUAUAACAGUGUGUUUGUGACCAACAUGGGCUAUGUUAUAGUCACCGAAUAUGAUACAGUUGUGGCGACUGAUCUCUCUACAGACACUGUGACACCAGAUCCAGUGACUGUGUAUUCAUAUGUUUAG